AGGUUUAUGGUAUUGUGUAAACCUCAUGGGAAGCGAAUGACAUUAUCCCAAAAAUACAACACCACACAAAAACCAAAAGACACAUCCACUAACUGACUAAACUGAAAAUGGCGCUACGGAUCCACUCUGUAUCAUCCUUCGCUAACAAACCCUAUCCUCAUCUUCCUCGCACGCUGCUUUUCCAAUCCCUCACCAUACCCAAACUCACUGUCAAGUCCCAGAACCGCUCAGAAACCCAAAAGCCCACCGCCAACGUCGAUGAGACCUCCUCUGUGGCAACUCCACCAAACAAAACCAGCCCCGCCGGGCUGGGUUUUGGGUCUUCCGCAUCGUCAUCACCUUCGAGUAAACCAAAUGUGAGCACGGUGAGUACCAGUAAGAAGAAACAGAAGAGUAAAAGAGAGAGGGCCUCGAUAAUUAGGCGGUCACCGAUCGAGAAACCAGCUUUUGUGACCCAAGAAGAUAAGGUUGAGGCGAAGGAGGAGAACAGGAAUGAAAGUGCUUUUCUUCUCACUUGGUUGGGGCUCGGCGGCAUUAUUCUUGUCGAGGGCAUUCUUCUCGCGUCAUCAGGCUUCCUUCCAGAAGAGUGGGAUAAAUUAUUUGUGAAGUAUUUAUACCCAUCCUUUACACCAACGGUCUUCUUGUUUGUUGCUGGAACAGUUGCUUAUGGAGUGUCCAAGUACCUGCAGAAUGACAAACUUAAAGAUAAGAAAUGAUAUUUAGCCAGCUUAGACUGAUAUUUUCAGUUUCUCCAAGGAGGAAUUUGUUGCAGCUUCUAAAAGACUAUAUACCUGGUUUUUUUGGGUCAUACUUUUGUCUUUCAUGCUUGAUAGAAACAUGAAUGAGAUAAGAAAUUACCAAGC